CGCGGCAAAGCAGACCACAGCUUUGCGCCUUCGAACCGGCGCCAUCCCAUGGAUGAGUUGGUACUCCUUCGGGCGGGGCCUCCACGGCGAGCUGGGCCGCGAGCUUGCGCAGAACGUGGAGGUGCCUGGCCAAGAGAAUGCGGAUGUUCAGCCUCUGGCAGAGGUGCCAGGCAUCUCCAUUCUCUCCUGUGGGCACUUCCACAACCUGGCACUGACUGACGGUGAGGUGCCGCAGGUGUACGCCUGGGGUGCCAACCUCGAGGGCCAGUUGGCGUUGGAAGGAGCAGCAGAGGUCCCGAAGAGCAGCCAGCUGCAAGCAUUGCCUUCGGAUGAUCCAGUGGUUCACUUGGCAGCAGGCCGUAGCCACUCAGUCUUUGUCACCCGCGGCGGUCGCUCCUUUCUUGCUGGCCGUCUGGCCGCGGCGGAGCCCGGGGCUGCGCUCGAGCCUGCGCAGGUCCGAGAGAUCCAGCUCACAGACGCGAGCAAGCGACCUGAGGGCAAAGUGGUUGCCUGCGCAGCUGGGGAGUCGCAGACGUUCUUCUUGUCAGACGAAGGAGAGUUGUGGUCCUGGCUUGGAGAGGGCCAAGCACGGGGGCGGCUGGAGCGGCCAACCGCGCGGGCCGUGCUUGGCCUGCCAAGGGUGGCCAAGGUGGCGUGUGGCUUACAUCACACCCUCAUCCUGACCGAGGAGCGGCACGUCUAUAGCUUUGGCGCCGGAAGCAUGGGUCAGCUGGGCCUGGGUGCUUGCCGCAGAUGCCCUUCACCCAGCAAGGUCACCUUCCCAAAGCAGUGCGAAGGUAGCAUACGCGGAAUCGCUGCGGGCUUUGCUAGCUCGUUCGCUGUCACUGCCCACGGCUGGGUGUACAGCUGGGGGUGCAACGAAAAGUGCGAGCUGGGCUUGGGUGCUGCAGUUCGUGGCACUGCCACGCCCAAGCCCCUGGAUUCCCUGUACCAGGUGAAGGUAGUACAGGUUGCAGCUGGCUUCUCCCACACAGCUUGCGUGACCGACAGUGGCCUGCUCUACUUGUGGGGCUAUGGCGCAUAUGGCCAGUUGGGCUUUGGCUUCGAUGACCUCAGGUCGUCCAUGCGGCUGGGUCGCGGUUGGAGUGCCACCAAGCCCGGGCAAGGUGGCCGUGCCGGUGAAGGAGGUUUUGCACUCACUGGCCAGUGGCAGCCCUGGCAGCAGGCUUGGCCGCGACGAUGCAGACGAGGGCCCUUCCGCACAAGGCGUUGUAAGAGCGUGCAAUGCGGGGCCUACCACACGAUGGCAGAGGCCUCAGAGGAGCUGCUGGGUCCUGGCGCCCUGAGGGAGUCCGAGGUACUUUGCCCUUUGCCGCUGGAGCUGAGCGAUCUGCCGGCGGACGCGAAGGAGGUGGACCAUAGACUACCUCCAGGUGCAGGACUGGUGGAGUGCCCGCGCUCCGUGCUGCGAAAUGCAGCUCCCAGGACCGUGGAGAUCUUUCGUUCUUUGGCAGACCUGUUUUGGGAUACCACAGCGCCCAAGCGGCAGCAGUCGGAUGCGCCGAAGCAAGCGCCGCUGCCCAACUGUGCCAAGGACGGCGCAUGGCGCCGUGCCUUGAAAGCGCCCGUCAGGCCUGAGCCGAGCGUUCCGCACCCGCUGGCUCCUGUGCCACACCACAGCUCCCCGAGGCCCCAGAAGGCACUGCAAGCCUUUCCGCUGCCCGGGACCGGGCCGGCCAUGGCAACCUGGACGGAAGUGGACGAUGCCAUUCACAAGGCUUUUGCUGAUGGCCGCGCGGCACAGCGGGGCGCCGCGGAUGUGGCGCAGCUGGUGGCGGAACUGCUGGAGGUGUCGGGGCCAGAGCCCAAAGAGGCCACUGGCCUUCCAGCUUCGCCCUGCAGAGGCCUUGCACGCCUGGAAUGCCUCACGCCACGGCCCUUCUACUUGCCAGAUCAGGAGCCUUCCGAUGGUUGGCUGAAUGUGCAUGGCGCGCCCAAGCCGGUGGAGGAUGAGGCCCAGGAUGUAAUGGAGGCGGUGGCCGAGGAGGAGUUGGCAGAUGGGCCAGGGGCAAAGCCGGACUCAGCCGAGGCGGUUCAUGCAGCAGACAGCGCAGGGGAAGCAGCGGCUGAGGCGGCUGAUGCACCAGACAGUCCAGUGGAAGCAGUAGCUGAGGCGGUUCAUGCAGCAGACAGCGCAGGGGAAGCAGCGGCUGAGGCGGCUGAUGCACCAGACAGUCCAGUGGAAGCAGUAGCUGAGGCGGUUCAUGCAGCAGACAGCGCAGGGGAAGCAGCGGCUGAGGCGGCUGAUGCACAAGACAGUGCAGUGGAAGCAGUGGCUGAGGCGGUUCAUGCAGCAGACAGCGCAGGGGAAGCAGCGGCUGAGGCGGCUGAUGCACAAGACAGUGCAGUGGAAGCAGUGGCUGAGGCUGACAUGACAGUUGAGCGGGGGCCGUGAGCUGGAGCAAUCCAGUCAAGGGCGCUGAUCCUUGGCCAAGGAAGGGCUCUCUCGUAAACUGGUGGCCCAAGAUUUGUCUCGAAAUCCCAAAGCUGGACGCUUGACAGAUAUCGGUGGCCAGAAUGGCUCUCCUGGUGAGACAUCGCUUUGCAGUCUAAAGGAACUGGCUCACGCCAAGUCCGGUCUCAAGAUCAUAUACCGAUCAUGAAGCCCGAUGUGCGAAGACCUGCGU